UCGCCUAAACUCCAAAUCCACUUCGCCGGCGAGAUCGGACGCCUGUCGAGAUCCGAGCGGCUGGAAGAAGCGAUUCCUUCCGCGAGGGCUUCCGAUCCCAUUCGCCGCCUCCACCUCCUCUUGGCUUGACAUCUCCGAGCCAAGUCUCGGUCGCGGUACUGCCGUUUGAUCGAUCGGUCGUUUUCUCUCCCGUUUCCCGGUACUUUUUUGGCGUCUCGUGCUUGAAGUUGCGGACUGGCUGGUGGAGCGAUUGGGGGGAAAAGGAUGGCGUCGCCGAAGAAGGAGGGGUUUUUGACGGAGGAGCAGAGGGAGAUGUUGAAGAUAGCGACACAGAACGCGGAGGUGUUAUCCUCGUCGCCCAGAUCGCCCAGCAAGAUGGUGCUCCCCGAGCUCCAUAUUAAGGGGGGCGGCGGCGGCGGCGGGAGGGCUACGGCUGUUGGCGUGAGGCAUAUCCGGCGCUCGCAUUCAGGGAAGCUAGUACGAGUGAAGAAGGAUGGUGCUGGUGGCAAAGGAACAUGGGGCAAGCUCUUGGAUACUAAUCCUGUUUCACGCAUUGACCGGAAUGAUCCUAAUUAUGAUAGUGGUGAGGAACCAUAUGAACUAGUGGGUGCCACCGUUACUAACCCUAUUGAUGACUAUAAAAAAUCUGCAGCGACAAUCAUUGAGGAAUAUUUUACCACUGGUGAUGUAGAAUUGGCUGCCACAGAACUUAGAGAUCUUGGGAGUGAUGAGUACCAUCACUUGUUUGUUAAGAAACUUGUCUCCAUGGCAAUGGACCGGCAUGACAAAGAGAAAGAGAUGACAUCUGUUUUGCUAUCCGCUUUGUAUGCUGAUGUGAUAAGUUCAGGUCAGAUUAGCCAGGGAUUCUUCAUGUUACUUGAGUCUAUUGAUGACUUGGCUCUUGACAUACUUGAUGCAGUUGAUGUGCUGGCUUUGUUUAUAGCCCGUGCAGUUGUUGAUGAAAUCCUACCUCCCGCCUUUCUCAAGAAAGCAAUGAGAACACUUUCUGAAUCCUCUACGGGUCUUCAGGUUAUUCAAACCGCUGAAAAAAGCUAUCUCUCAGCUCCUCACCAUGCAGAGUUAGUUGAGCGUCGAUGGGGUGGUACCACUCAUAUCACUGUCGAAGAGGUUAAAAGGAAGAUGACAGAAUUGUUGAGGGAAUAUAACGAGCAUGGAGACACUGUAGAAGCUUGUAGGUGCAUAAGGGAGUUGGGAGUCUCUUUCUUCCAUCAUGAGGUUGUGAAACGGGCUCUGAUUCUUGCAAUGGAAAUUCAAACAUCUGAGCAUCUUAUAUUAAAGCUUUUAAGGGAAGCUUCAGAAGAAUGCUUAAUUAGUCCUAGUCAGAUGACCAGAGGUUUCUCUCGGCUUGCUGAGAGUCUUGAUGACCUGUCUCUGGAUAUUCCCACUGCAAAAUCCUUGUUUCAGACAAUAGUUCCAAAAGCGAUAUCUGACGGAUGGCUUGACCCUUCUUUCCUCAAGUCGAAAGUUUCAGAUGAGGAACACAGAGAUGAAGGUUAUGAGAAGUUGAGGAAGUACAAGGAAGAAGCUGUUAUCAUCAUACAUGAAUACUUUCUCUCUGAUGACAUACCAGAGCUUAUUAGGAGCCUUGAAGAUUUAGCUGCUCCAGAAUACAACCCUAUUUUUAUCAAGAAACUAAUAACACUUGCCAUGGACAGGAAGCACAGGGAGAAGGAGAUGGCGUCUGUUCUGCUAUCUGCACUUAGCAUGGAACUAUUCUCAGGAGAUGACAUUGUUAACGGGUUCAUAAUGCUGCUCGAGUCAGCUGAGGAUACAACAUUGGACAUAUUGGAUGCCUCAGAUGAGCUCGCACUAUUUUUAGCUAGGGCUGUAAUUGAUGAUGUCUUAGCACCGCUCAACUUGGAGGAGAUAAGCAACAAGCUGCCCUGCAUUUGCAGUGGGAGUGAAACUGUUCGCAUAGCUCGCUCACUUGUAUCUGCCCGACACUCAGGCGAGAGACUUCUGAGAUGCUGGGGCGGUGGCACUGGCUGGGCGGUGGAGGAUGCCAAGGACAAGAUAAUAAAGCUGCUGGAAGAAUACGACAGUGGAGGUGAUGUAGGAGAAGCAUGCCAGUGCAUCCGUGAUCUGGGAAUGCCUUUCUUCAACCAUGAGGUGGUAAAGAAGGCUAUAGUUAUGGCCAUGGAGAAGAAGAAGGACAGACUUUUGGAGUUGCUGCAGGAGUGUUUUGGUGAAGGGCUGAUCACCAUCAACCAAAUGACUAAAGGGCUCUCUAGGGUUAGAGAUGGUCUUGAUGAUUUGGCUCUGGACAUCCCCGACGCAGAACAAAAGUUCCUGCUGUAUGUGGAGCAUGCAAGGAGGCACGGUUGGCUCCUCGCAUCCUUUUAGGCAAUUCCUCCGUUGGUGGUUGAAGAAGGCGGCAGUUUCCCAUUCUCCGUUGAUUUUAGUGUCUGUAAUAUGUGGGAUUGAAAUCCGACGCUUCUCUCUCCUCUUCGAAUACUUAGCAUCUUUGUUCAGAGUAGCAUAAGGGUUGGUUUUUGGUUUCGGUUUAGCAUUUUUAUUCUUGAUAGAGAUAUAUGUGUGUGUGUGUGUGUGGGAUUAGUUGUGGACAAUGUUAUUAUGGUGGUAGCGGUAUUGCCAUGGACGAGGAAUGAGUCCUUCAUAUGUAAAAUUUGGCACUAAACUGAUCUAUUGGGUCGGUAUAAGGAGGACAAUGUUAGUCCUCCUUUAUUCUU